UCUUCAGUGCUCUCCUCAGCAGGCUCUCUGAUCCAUCAUGGCCUCCUACAGUUCCUCCGCCCAAACCGCCUCUUCCUACCGCCGACACUUCGGCCAGGGCGGCUACGCCUCACCCUCCCUCAACCGCUCCAUGCUGGGCCACAGUGGUGGUGGAGGGGGGCAUGUCACCUCUCGGGUCUACGAGGUGACCAAGACCAGCUCCACACCUGCCUACAGGGUCUCCUCCAGCCUCUAUGGGAAACCUCUGGGCUCUUCCCGGGUCUCUGCCGGCCGUUCCUAUGCUGGGAUGGGCGAGACGCUGGACUUCAGUCUGGCAGAUGCUCUCAACCAGGAGUUUCUGACCACACGCACCAAUGAGAAGGCAGAACUGCAGCAUCUGAAUGACCGCUUUGCCAGCUACAUUGAGAAGGUCCGCUUCCUGGAGCAGCAGAACCAGGCCAUGGCAGUGGAGGUGGAGCGCCUGCGUGGACGAGAGCCAACACGCAUCGCUGACCUCUAUGAGGAGGAGAUGAGCGAGCUGAGGAGGCAGGUGGAGAUCCUGACCAAUCAGAGGUCACGUUUUGAGGUAGAGCGGGACAACCUGGUUGAUGAUGUGGACAAGCUUAAACUCAGACUCCAGGAAGAGAUUCUCCAGAAAGAGGACGCAGAAAACAACCUGGCUGCGUUCAGGGCGGAUGUGGAUGCUGCCACUCUGGCUCGUCUGGACCUGGAGAGACGCAUUGAGACGCUGCAAGAGGAGAUCGCGUUCCUGAAAAGGAUCCAUGAAGAGGAGAUCCGCGAGCUGCAGACUCAGAUGCAGGAGACUCAGGUGCAGAUCCAGAUGGACAUGUCUAAGCCGGACCUGACAGCAGCACUAAGAGACAUCAGAGCCCAGUACGAGGGCAUCGCUGCCAAGAACAUUGCUGAGGCUGAGGAUUGGUACAAGUCAAAGGUGUCUGACCUGAACCAGGCAGUGAGUAAGAACAACGAGUCACUGAAGCAGGCCCGGCAGGAGACCAUGGAGUUCAGACACCAGAUCCAGGCCUACACCUGCGAGAUCGACUCUCUGAAAGGAACCAACGAGUCCCUGAUGAGGCAGAUGAGGGACAUGGAGGAUCGCCAUGGACGUGAGGCGGGUGGUUUCCAGGACAACAUUGCCCGGCUGGAGGCAGAGAUCGCUAACAUGAAGGACGAGAUGGCACGCCACCUCAGAGAGUACCAGGAUCUGCUCAACAUCAAGAUGGCUCUGGAUAUGGAGAUCGCCACCUACAGGAAGCUGCUGGAGGGGGAGGAGAGCAGGAUAACCGUGCCUGUGCAGAGCUACUCCACUCUGAGCUUCAGAGAGACCAGCCCGGAGCACCAGCAGCGCUCUUCUGAGUUGCAUUCAAAGAAAACAGUCCUAAUCAAGACCAUUGAAACCCGCGAUGGAGAGGUUGUCAGCGAGUCAACACAGCACCAGCAGGACAUCAUGUAACAACCUGCAGAAGAUAAAGACAGCAGAAGAAACAAAAAGAACAUCUGUUGUCCUCGGAGUCGGUCUGGUGUUGGAAAAAAAAACAAGAAAAGUGAAAAAAAUAAAAAGUAAAAGUAAAGGACGGUACAAGCUCAUGGAAGUGGCCUGAACUGAACUUCUUAGGAAGUAACUGAUAGGCGAGUAUGAAGCAGGAUGGAGGUUUCUUUAUCUUUACCUGGGUUCUCUUAUCUCUUCUUUGUUUUCAUUUUAGUUAGCUUCAAAAUACAUGCUGGUCGCUGACCUCAGAUGAACAGGCUGCAAAAACAUCUCCAAUUUAUAGCCACCUGAAAAAUCGAGGGUGGGCUGCUGGAGAAAAACAAAAGGGACUUUUACCAGAGUAAAAAUGAUAUUACAUGAAGACUUUUAUGCAGUAAAGUGCUAAAAUAUUCAAUUUAGAACAUCAAAAAUUAUACUUUACAAAAAAUGUAAAGCAACUCUGGGACUGCAAACACUCUUAAAUCUGUCUUUUAAAUAAAUACGCAAACAAGUCAGAGUCCCAUUUCUUGAUCAGGAGCAUGAACAAAGAGAAUAAGUUUAUGUGUAUGUGUGUGUUUGUGCUUAUCAAUAGAAGGACACAGAGAGGACAGAUGAAAAUGCAGAGAUGGAGGAGGAGAUUAAAAGGUGUCUGGAGAUUAAGAGAGAUAAGAGCAGAGAGGUGGAGUGAGAAAGGAAAUAUAACGAAGACAGAGACAGAGACAGAGAGAGACAGAGAGAGAGAGAGAGAGAGGUAAUCCCAGUGACCUUCAAAUAUUAUUCACUAAUAAAGUUGAAGCAGAUUUCAUGUUCCAGCUUACUGAUGUUCAAACGUCCUUCAGCUCAAAGAUGACCCAGACGCAUUGAUUGUAUCAGGCCCAUAAGAACACAUGCUUUAAUAAUCAUAAUCAUAAUUCAAUUUUUUAAAAAGCAUGGAGUUACUGGCCUACAGUGAUGACAUUGCACUCUCCUUUACAGAACGUCUCAAAAAUAAAUAAAUCAGCGAAUAAAUACAUCCCACAGGAAAAGAACAUGUCUCAAUUAAAUUAGAUUUCUAACAAAAUGAAAAAGAAGUUAAUAAAAGUAACAAAAACGUUAGUAAGUGCUGUGUUUUAUGUACAAAUUUCACAUUGAUGCACAUGAAGGGGGUGGAGGGUGUUCGGUGGAGGCCAAAAUGGAGCCACACAGGGUGGACUGGGAAAGGUGGAGGUGAAUUCAUGCGUUUCUGUUUCCCAGAGAUGAAUUUUAAAAAAUGUACCACAUACCCUAACCCUGCACCCAGAAUUUGCUUGCUUUUCCUUUUCAAAGGUCAAAGAUAACAAAGUAUUCACAUUUUCACAGGUGACAAAAAUGUUAUAUUGUCCUAAAUAAAGAAAAUCAAUGCA